UGGCCCCUGGACUCUUCAGCCAUGUGCCGGCUGGGAGCGCGCGUGGGGCCCCACUGCCGGGCCCGGGGAUGCCAGCUGCGUGGCACGGGGCUGCUGCUGCUGGCCUACCUGGCUUACCUGGUGCUGGGCACCUGCGUGUUCUGGGCGCUGGAGGGCCGCGCCAUUCAGGACUCCAGCCACAGCUUCCAGCAGGACAAGUGGCAUCUCCUACAGAACUACACGUGUCUGGACAGCCCGGCGCUGGACCUGCUGAUCCGGGACAUCAUCCGAGCAUACAAAGCUGGGGCCCACCUCCUGGGCAACACCACCAGCAUGGGGCGCUGGGAGUUCAUGGGGUCCUUCUUCUUCUCUGUGUCCACCAUCACCACCAUCGGCUACGGCAACCUGAGCCCCCAGACCAUGGCCGCCCGCCUCUUCUGCGUCUUCUUCGCGCUGGUGGGGAUCCCGCUCAACCUGGUGGUGCUCAACCGGCUGGGGCGCCUCAUGCAGCGGGGCGACCCCGCCGAGGCCCGCUGGCUGGCGGGCGCGGGCGCGCUGCUGUCCGGCCUGCUGCUGUUCCUGCUGCUGCCGCCGCUGCUGUUCUCGCGCAUGGAGGGCUGGAGCUACCUGGAGAGCUUCUACUUCGCCUUCGUCACGCUCAGCACCGUGGGCUUCGGCGACUACGUGAUUGGACGGCCCCCUCACAUAGAACCCGCCAUGCUGUGCCCCUCUGUACCCCAUUCCCAGAGCCUCCAAGGAGCAUCCCACCUCUGCAUCAUUCCCCCCACGGCAACCCCUUUCUCCAAGAGCCCUGCCCUGGCCUAG